GAGCAGCUUGUCUUUGUACGGAGACCGUAGCCUGACAAGGUGCGAGAUAACAGCACACCGCUGUUAUUUAGCCUUGAAUUCUCAAUGAACUGUUUGCGAGGAGAGCACUGAUCCUGCCUGCAUCUUUUUGCAGGGCAAAGGCACUGAUCAGUGUUUCAAGAUCACAUUUGAUUUCUUAUGAGAUCUUCAUUUUCAUAGUUUUAUUAUUAUUUUGUAAAAACUAUUUCUUACGACAAUGGUGCUAGGAAAGGUGAAGAGCUUCACUGUAAGCUACGACUGUCUGAAUGACAGUAACAUCCCCCUCUUCUCAAGCGGGGAUUCGGUCUCAGGAAGGGUGAUUAUUGAAGUCACAGGAGAAAUUCGCGUGAAAUCUCUCAAAAUUCACGCUAAAGGAUUUGCAAAAGUUCGUUGGACUGAAUCACGAAAUGCUGGAUCCAACACUGCCUAUACUCAAAAUUACACUGAAGAAGUGGAAUACUUAAACCAUAGGGACAUCUUAAUUGGACACGAAAGAGAUGAGGAUAACUCAGAAGAAAGUCUCACCACUAUCCAUUCAGGAAGACACGAGUAUGCAUUUAGUUUUGAGCUUCCACAAACACCUCUGGCUACCUCCUUCGAAGGCAAACACGGCAGCGUGCGGUACUGGGUGAAAGCGGAACUGCACAGGCCUUGGCUCCUUCCCAUGAAAGUCAAGAGAGAAUUUACAGUCUUUGAACACAUUGACAUCAACACGCCUCUGCUGCUGGCUCCCCAGGCUGGCACAAAAGAGAAGACUCUGUGCUGCUGGUUCUGCACCUCAGGCCCAAUUUCCCUAAGUGCCAAAAUUGAAAGGAAGGGCUACACCCCAGGAGAAUCGAUUCAGAUUUUCGCGGAGAUCGAGAACUGCUCCUCCCGCGUGGUCGUGCCAAAGGCAGCCGUUUACCAAACCCAGACGUUCUACGCCAAAGGGAAGAUGAAGGAGGUCAAGCAGCUGGUGGCCAACCUGCGCGGGGAGUCCCUCUCCUCCGGAAAGACGGAAACGUGGAGCGGGAAAAUGUUGAAGAUCCCCCCCGUGUCUCCCUCCAUCCUUGACUGCAGCAUCAUCCGAGUGGAGUACUCCCUCAUGGUGUACGUGGACAUCCCAGGAGCAGUGAACAUGUCCUUGAACCUGCCCCUGGUCAUCGGCACAAUCCCCCUCCACCCCUUCGGGAGCCGCACGUCCUCCGUCAGCAGCCAGUGCAGCAUGACCAUGAGCUGGCUGGGCAUGGCCCUGCCGGAGAGACCCGAAGCACCACCAAGCUAUGCAGAGAUCGUCACAGAGGAGCGGAGGCUCACUGCCCUGGAGGGACCCACCACUCGUGAUGAGUUUGAGGGGGCACUCUUCGCCUACAUCCAAGAGUUCCGCUUCCAGCCCCCGCCGCUCUAUUCCGAGAUUGAUCCAAACCCAGACAGGGCCAAUGGGACAGAAGAAGGGCGGCAAGACACCUGCCCAUCACGCUGAAAGGCACCGAGGCCCCGCCCAGAGCAGUUGGGCUCUUCGUUUCAGAAUUUUUGUACUGCUUUUUUCCUCCACACCGAUGUGGACGAGAGAAAACAUAUGUAUAAACAAAAGGUGAAAAGGUGACAGAGGGGGAGUGUCCUCUUCUCCUGUAUCCCCUCACUCCAAAACCACCCCACCCUCCAGAGACAUGCAGGAUGUCAAAGACUGUUCACUUCCUGUCGGACAGGUUGGGUAGAUGCAAAUCCCGCCAGCAGGAAACCCAGCGGUCGGUUCCGGAAUAAAGAGACGGCGCACUUCUGGCCUAAAGUACUUUUUGUUUUUUCCCCUUUUCUUUCCAUAUCUAUGGCACAUAAAUGACUCUGUAAUGGAGCCAAACAUCUGAAAAUACCAAGCAGAAAAGAAAAGAGGACGAUAAACGUGAUGAUCACGAUGAUGUAACAAACCUCUGCGGCUCUUAGCGACCGCGGUCUGUGAUGAAGAGGAGGCUUGUCUCCCGAGGCGACGUUACGUUUUGCACAUUUUAUUUGUUUCUUGUGUUGUAUUAUUUUUUGACGAACACUACUUUUUUUCCUUUCUUUUCCACUACUUGCAUAUGAUGGACUAAGAAUGGGCUCUGAUAUUCCUUAUCCGCACAACUCUACGAACAACGCAGGUGAGGGCAUCCGAGAGGAAACAGAACUCCGAGGAGGACAAAAUCCGUAUGAAUCCCUCGCAGUGCUGUUCACAUUCAUUGUGCCAUUUUCUUAGACUGGCAAGCCGGGUCCCUGUAGAACAUGUUCUGAUGCCUCUCUGGACCAUGGCUCAUUAAAGCAGAAUUGAGUGUGGCUUCCUUUUUGUAGUGUUCAAGCAAAAGUUGCCUUCUCUCCAACUGUCAUUUUCGUUGUUUUCAUGCUUGGUGCAGUGUCUGUAGGACGGCAGCCACACAAGAAACCUGUUUAAACGGGGAAAAGUGCAGAGCGAUAAAGAGGAGGAGAGGGGCUGGAAAUGGCUGCUCUCUGCAGGUCCUGUCACUCAUUGCCUUUGUACUGGACUCCACAGAGCAGCGCUUUUGACACUCACUGCCUAAAAAAAGCACUCGAUCUGAGCUGGCCCCCCCCUCUCAUUUGCCAAAACGGUCAGAGGAAAACUUGCCUUUAUUCCACUUAUCUUGCACUGUCUGAAAAUGGCUAAAAAGGCUAACCGAAUAAGUGGGAGGGGGGCGCACACAGAAACUCAAGGCAGCUUUUAAUGACAAAUGACAUUCCCUUUUUGUCCCACUGCCCCUGCAGAGCGUGUGUGUGUGUGUGUGUGAGUGUGUAUGUGUGAGAGAGGGAGGGAAUAAGACUUAAGGAGAACUUCAGCCAAAGAUGACGCAAGGGUCUGAACUGGUCAGCUAAAUGGAGAUGGAGCGAUAGAGCACUAAGAGAAACCCCCAGUCAGACCCUGCAGGAUAAGAAAGCCAUUUGAAUGAGUGAUACAUUAGUUUCCAAACUCAUUCAAUCACCGAGCAGAGACUGGGUGAUGUACCAGACCUUUUACCACGAUUAGCACUUUUUCAUUAUACUAAUGGUGAUAGUCUGGGGAAUACAAGUUGAUAGUCAUAGAAAGCCUAGCAAAAAUGAAAUAUGAAUAAGAUAUUAAGCAGGGAUGAAAACAAUUACCCAGGGACAAAAUAAAUGAAAAUAAAUACUAAAUACUAGUAUGGGUAUAAAAAAGUUUACAGUCAUAAGCUGUGUGUGUGUGACUGCAUAUGUGUGUGUGUUUAUGUGUGUGUCUUGCUGAGAGCCAGCAAACUGGUAGGAUCAUAUUGCAUUUAACAACCAAUGGACUUGUUAAAAUGUGAUCUUACUGUAGUGGCCUUGACAAAGCGACAGCUGAUAUAAUUAUUGCUUUGUAACCGGAGCUUAAUACCAUUUGUGGGCAGGCUUGGUUUUCUGCUUUGCUCUCUCUUUGUAUGCUAUUUGUAUAAUCUGUAUUUAUUUUCUUUUCGAUGGGACAAAGAGGGAAGAAAAACUGUCAUUCAAAAGUGUUUUCUGUCCUUGGUUUUCCCUAAUGACUUGGAGAAGUAACCUCCCCAUGGGCAUACAUGCUUUGCUUCCUGGUCAGAUAAGCGGUGUAUAAUGUAGGGAACAAUGUCUCUCUCACACCUCCAGAGAAUGCAGAAGUCUGUUAAAUAAUUUGCUUAAAUGUUAAAUUUCUGUUCUGAGAAAAUGUUAUUAUGGUGGCACUGACUUUUUUUAUUUCUGUGUUUAGAUUGACUUUUUUGACAUGUGGUUGUUAAGCUCUGAAAUAAAACUUUAAAACAUAUAUAUAUAUACUUACAGUACAUACUUUAUUUCAUAUCUGUAAUUUCCAUUGUUCAUAGCUUGGACGAAUAUUAUUUGUUAAAACUAAUUUCCUGACAUGCACACCAGGAAUGACAAUGUUUUCAAUUGGAGUGGGGUUCGGAAACAUUUGAAAAACAAGGUGCAAUAUUUUUUGAGUUUGGAAAAAUAUUUUUUUGUUUGUAUUUUUUAGUCUGUUGGUUUCUGAAGUUUCCCAUUAUUUUUCAUUUAUGUUUUAUUUUUUUAGUUGGAUAUUGACUGCAUAUAUUCUGUUACAUUAUGAGUAAGUGUUCUAAAUGAUUUGUCUAGCUCUUCCUUGUGUCAAAUAAACAAGGUUUUUUUUCUUUUGUUAAAACAA